AUGAAGGCUCACAUUGAUUCUAAAAUUGAAGAGGGUUUGGUUUUGUAUUUGGAUAAGAAGUUUUCAGAUUUAAAUGAUGUAUUGGAGGGCUUGAAAGAUUGUGUUACUAGUCAGAGGUAUGAUGAUCAAAAUGGUGGUGAUGGGAGUGAUGAUAGUGGUGGUGCGGAAGAUGAUGGAAGUGACGGCGGUGAUGGCAGUGAUGGCGGUGAUGACUGUGAUGGUGGUGAUGGCGGUGAUGACAGUGGUGAUGGUGGUGAUGGGGACGAUGAUAAAUCUGAUUCUGGGAAACUUGAUGAUAUUGAUGUGGAAAAUGAGGAUGAUGAUGAGGGUAAUGGUGCAGCUGUUGAUGAUUUGGGUGGUGUUAAAGAUGAUGGUGCUGAAGUUUAUAAGGAAAUAAGACAAAUAUCAGAUGCUGUUGUUAAUGAAGUUGUCGAUCAGGCUGGUGAUCAAGGUGUUGAGGAUUGCAUGGAUAAGGUUUUUAACUAA